CGAAGCCCUAAAAGAAGCAAACGGAAAUCGAGACCAACUAAAAAAAACCUAAGCCUAGAAGAAGCAAACCGAAAUAGAGAGGAACCUUAAAAAGCUCAUUUUCUCUUCCUUCCUCCGCUCCUCCCCCAAGAAGACCUCUCCCCGUUUCUGGCCUUUCCGUUAGGGUUUCCACCUACCCCUCGGAAUUCCCCCAUUUCUCCUCUUCCAAUUUUAUUGCCAGGUGGAUUGAUGCUGCGUGGCUGCUCCUAAUUUCAUCGAUCAUUUGUUCAAUUUUUUUCGUUUUCUUUGUUUUAUUUCGUUGGGGGCGUGAUGAGGGGAGGAGGAGAUUGGGGCAAUGUAGCAGCUUGGCGUUAGAUUUUCUCCGAGAGGAGGAGAGAUUUCAGGGUCGUGAUUUUUGGUCCUGAUUGGGGUUUGGAUUUCGGUGCGGAGAGAUGAGUUGCUUUUCUUGCGUUUGCCAUCGGCAGAAAGAAGCUGGAAGGAGGUUCAGCGAUGGCAUGGCACCCCGGUCCUUGUCCCGCCUUGUCGAUUCGUUAGAUUUGGAGAAGAACGCACCUACACCAGCCAGAGCCAAGAGCUGCAACGCUCAUAGUUUCACCUUGCGAGAGCUUGCAGCUGCCACGAGGAACUUCAAGUUGUCUAAUUUGCUUGGAGAAGGGGGUUUUGGGAGGGUCUUUAAGGGUUUCUUGGAAUCAGGCCAGGUUGUCGCAAUCAAGCAGCUCAACCAGAACGGGUUGCAGGGGAGUAAUGAAUUCCUUGUCGAGGUUCUAAUGUUGAUAAUGUUGCACCAUCCGAAUCUUGUUAGCUUGUAUGGAUACUGUGCCGAGGGAUCUGAGAGGCUCUUGGUUUACGAGUACAUGCCACAGGGUAGCUUGGAAGAUCACCUAUUUGAUCUACCACCUAAUAAAGAACCACUUGAUUGGAACACGAGGAUAAAGAUUGCUGUUGGUGCUGCAAAAGGGCUAACCUAUUUGCAUGAUGUGGUCCAUCCGCCUGUUAUCUAUCGAGACUUAAAAUCUGCUAAUAUAUUAUUGGAUAAUGACUUCAACCCUAAACUCUCUGAUUUUGGACUCGCGAAACUUGGACCUGUUGGUGACAGAACUCAUGUUUCUACAAGGGUGAUGGGAACUUAUGGCUAUUGUGCUCCUGAUUAUGCUAUGAGUGGGAAGCUAACUGUGAAGUGUGAUGUAUAUAGCUUUGGUGUGGUUCUAUUGGAGCUGAUCACUGGUCGAAGGGCAUAUGACUUCUCCAAGAAGGCAGGGGAGCAGAGUUUAAUUUCAUGGGCGCAUCCUUUGCUCAAUGAUAGGAGGAGGUUUACUCAAUUGGCUGAUCCAUUAUUGCGUGGGCGCUAUCCAAUCCGUGCCUUGUACCAGCUUGCUGUCGUCACUUCAACGUGUCUUCACGAGAAGCCUCAUCUUCGCCCUUCCAUGCUUGAUGUGGUUGUUGCCCUCGAUCUUGUGGCAUCUCAGCCCUACAUCUUGGAAAAUAACCAAAGGGAUGGCUCCGGAUCAGGGCCCAUCUCGCCCUACCUCUCGGAUAAUGACCAAAAGGACAGCUCCCCUCCUCCAGCACCACCCACAUGGAAGGCUGCCAGCGCUCCUGCUACAACAAACAGCGAUGGUUUAAAAGGUUAUAACCAUUUGCUUGCUAAUACUUAAUUGGUUUAUCCUAGAUGGAGAUGGAAUCUGGCAAAGAUAAUGCGAGUGGGCAUUUUUGUCAUGGAUCCAGGAAACAUCAGCUGUAAUAUGCGUUGGAACAAGAGGUGAAAAUGAAUCCGGAUGAUAUCUGUUCGAUCUAUUUUUGUA